AUGUCGCUCUUUGUGCUUGCCGAGACGCCGGCAGGCUAUGGCCUGUUCAAGGCUACCGACAAGAAGAUGCUCAAGAACGAGGAACUCGCUGCUGAGCUCGGCCGGCCUGAGAAGGUCGUCGAGAUGCUCAAGCUCAAGAAGUUUGUCAAGUUCGACAGUGCCGCUACCGCUCUCGAAGAGGCUGCCUCGCUCAAAGAGGGCAAGGUCCCUGAGCUUCUUAACCAACUCCUCGACGACCUCAAGUCCGAGAAGAAGGCUUCGCUCGCUGUUGCCGACAUGAAGCUGGGUACAGCCAUUUCCAACUUGCCCGAUCUUAACAUCUCCCCUGUCUCUGGUUCCAACACAAUGGAUCUUUUCCGAGGCAUUCGAGGCCAGAUGGCCAACCUCAUCCCCGGUCUGCUUGAGGAGAAUUUUGACCGCAUGGCUCUGGGUCUUUCUCACUCUAUGUCGCGCCACAAGCUCAAGUUCUCUGCCGACAAGGUCGACUCCAUGAUCAUCCAGGCUAUCAAGCUUCUUGACGACCUCGAUAAGGAGCUCAACGUUUACGCCAUGCGAGCCAAGGAAUGGUACGGAUGGCACUUCCCCGAGAUGGCCAAGAUUCUCAACGACAACUUGGCCUACGCUCGCGUCAUCCUAGCUGUUGGUAUGCGUACCAACAUUGCCGACUGUGACCUCUCUGAGAUCCUCCCCGAAGAGAUUGAGGUCUCUCUCAAGGCUGCCGCCGAAAUCAGCAUGGGUACCGAGAUUACCGAUGAGGAUCUUGAGAACAUUAAGCUCCUGGCUGACCAGGUCAUUGUCUACUCUAACUACCGAACUCAACUCUCUUCAUACCUCGAGAGCCGCAUGCGCGCUAUCGCCCCCAACCUGACUGCCCUUGUCGGCUACCUCGUCGGUGCCCGCCUCAUUGCCCACGCUGGAUCUCUCAUCAGCUUGGCCAAGGCUCCUGGUUCCACUGUCCAGAUCCUCGGUGCCGAGAAGGCUCUUUUCCGUGCCCUUAAGACCAAGCAUGACACACCCAAGUACGGUCUUAUCUACCACUCUUCGCUCAUUGGUCAGGCUACUGGCCGAAACAAGGGAAAGAUCGCCCGUAUGCUGUCUGCUAAGGCUGCUCUCGGCCUUCGUGUUGAUGCUCUUGGUGACAUCGAAGAUGAUGCCGAUGAGGAGGAGCGCGCCAUCCUUGGCCUCAGCAACCGUAUUAAGCUCGAGAACCACCUCCGCAAGCUCGAGGGCAAGCCUCUCCUGCCCAAGGGUGCGAACGUUACUCCCUCCGGCGAGAUCGUCGGUGCUGGACAGUUCACUGUUAAGGAGACCCGCCGAUACAACGAUGACGCCGAUGGUGUAGCCGACGAGGAGGAGGCCACAACCACCCCUGCCAAGAAGAUCAAGAAGGCCAAGAAGCUCAUCGAGGAGGUCGAUGAAGAGAUGAAGGACGCUAGCGACGACGAUAGCGACGACGCUGCUACCAAGCCCAAGAAGCUUUCCGAGGCCGAGUACGAGCGCCUCGCUGAGGAGGCCGGCAUCUCUGUCAAGAAGUUCAAGCGCAAGUACGAGCGAGGCGAUGUCGAGCUGAACGCCGAUGGUACACCCAAGGUUGUCAGCAAGAAGGAGCUCAAGAAGCUGCGCAAGGCUGCUGAGGCCGCUGAGAAGGCUACUGCUACACCUACCAAGUCUCAACCUGAGGAGACUGAAGGCAAGAAGAAGCGCAAGCACGACUCGGAUGAUGAGGCCACACCCAAGAAGGAGAAGAAGCAGAAGAAGAAGAAGCGUCACUCUGAUGCCUAA